AUGUCCUGUGGCCUUUGCAAGCAACUUAGGGACUUGCUCGAUCACCGUAGUAGAGCUCAAAGGAGCAGUGGUGGGACUUCAGAUGGCCUGGGAGAGAGGUCACCGCAAAGUUCAGCUGAACCUCGACUCUGCCACUACGGUGGCUAUCAUCAAGAAUUGCGGGGAUCAUGA